GACUCAUCAGACCACAUGGUGUCGCUGUUAAUUUUAACUUGACGCUCUUGACUCUCCUUGACCAUAGAAGAACAUGUCACGUGCAAGAAUGUUACAGAUGAAAAAUCGUAUGAAAUAUUGCUCUGUCGCAAUCGCUGCGAACAGACUGGUUUCAGGACCGGUGAAGAACCCUGUUGUCUUUAUGGAUAUUGCAGCUGACGGCGAGUUCAUUGGAAGAAUUAUUAUUGAGCUUUAUGCUGACGUUGUACCCAAAACAGCUGCAAAUUUCCGGGCCCUUUGCACUGGAGAGCAUGGCUUUGGAUAUAAGGGCUCAGUAUUCCACAGAAUCAUCCCCAAAUUCAUGUGUCAGGGUGGGGAUUUCACUAAUCAUAAUGGCACUGGUGGAAAAUCUAUUUAUGGAAAGAAAUUUAACGAUGAGAAUUUCAAGCUGAAACACAAUGGACCAGGUGUUCUGUCUAUGGCAAACUCUGGGCCAAACACAAAUGGAUCCCAGUUUUUCAUCUGCACUGCAAAAACAGAAUGGCUUGAUGGCAAACACGUUGUUUUCGGGCAGGUCAAGGAGGGAAUGGGGACGGUCUCUGUAAUGGAGUCCUGUGGCCUACAUGAUGGAGGAACUGUAAAGAAGAUUGUCAUCACAGACUCUGGAGAACUCAAGUAACCAAGGAUGUGCAUUCAUUUCAAUGUGAUCAAACGUUUUCACAACCAAACUGCUUAGGCUUGUAAUUUAAAGUAAAUUAUAGUCUUUUUUUUUUUUUUUUUUUUUUACAUUUGUUACCCAAGUACCUAUUGUCAUUUUAAUGUGUCAGUCUAUGGAUCCAUUAAGGUGUUUUAUGCUUACUAAGUAAGCAAAUGACUCUGUAAGUAAGGUGAUUACUUGCCCCUACACAACAAAUCUUGUUUAUGGGUCAAAUGCCAUGGGCCACAAGGAAAUUUAUACUGUUAAAGCCUCUUUUUUUUUUUUUGGUUUUGAAAUUAGGAUGAACGCUAUAUGGAGAUUGUUUACCUUUCUAAGAACUAUGCCAGAGAAACCCCAGGAGGUUUUUUAAAUAAAUAAAUUA